AUGUCAAGCCCCAAAUGGAUAUACAAGAUCAUUCCACACUCCUCCGUCGAUACCCGCUACACGUUCCCCAUUCCUAUCCCAGCGUCACACACCUUCUACCUCUCUGAAUUGGACUACAAAGAUGGCUUUGUUCAUCUCUCCACCGCGAAUCAAGUCCCUGGAACACUCAACAGAUUCUUUGCAGAUGUACCUUCAGUCGUUCUGCUCCGUUUAGAAACGGACAGGGUGGGAUCGUUCAAGCGGCUGACAUGGGAUGAGAAUGACGGGCAGAAAUACCCGCAUUUACAUGCUCAUCUGGAAGGAGAGAACGUGGACUCGUUCAAGGAGGUGCAUAAAGGAGACAGCGAGAAGGGUUGGGAUACAGCCUUGUCGAAACCGGAUAUCGCAAAGUGGCUGGAAUGA